AUGGAUGCCGCCGGUGCGAGCCGCGGCGAGGGCUCGGAGAGGCGCUACAAGGGCGUGCGGCUCCGGAAAUGGGGCCGGUGGGUGUCGGAGAUCCGCAUGCCCAACAGCCGCGAGAGGAUAUGGCUCGGCUCCUACGAGUCCGCCGAGAAGGCCGCGCUGGCGUUCGACGCGGCCGCCGUCUGCCUCCGCGGCUCCCGCGCCGGCUCGCUCAACUUCCCGGAGUGCCCUCCGGACGUCCAGUACAUCCCCGGCUCGCUGCCGACGCCUGAGCGCAUCCAGGCCGUGGCCGCAAGGCACGCCAACUCUGCGUGUCCGGCUCCGGCGGCCAGGGUAGUGGCGGCGAGCAGUAAUGCUGGGGCGGCGUCGCAGGAAGCGCCGGCCACGGCACGGACGAGCACGAGCGUGGAUGCUACUGGAUGCGACGACAUGCUUGAUUACUGGUCGUUCAUGGACGAGUUGCCCUCGUCGAUGCCAGCGUCGUCGUCGACGUCUGCGGCCAAUGCCGACAUCGUUAUUCCGGCCAUGGAUGAUUUCAUGUACGGUUUCUCGCCACCGCCGCGGCCUGCGGGAGAGGCGGCGGAGGAUGUGAUCGAUGACCAUGGAGAUGACGGUCAUACAUUUUUGUCUGCCCUUUGGAAGUUCUGA